AUGACCAUCAACCGCCGCCGGGUCUCAGUCAGAGAUUUCAGCCGGUUGAUAAUGGGGCGUUCAGAUUCUAGUCAACAUGGAGCUCUCCAGUGGCAGGAAACGGUGGUUUGCAGCAAUGUGGAUGCAUCAAAGCUCCAUGCUCCAACCCCUACUCUUUCGUCCCGUCCUUCUUCUCCUGUUCCUACCCAAAAUUCUGGACGGAACUACGGUCCUGUUCAUGACCACCGUGUGGUAUCCAUCCUCAAUAGUGACGUACAUCCAUCCGCAACAUUUUCCAUCUCACGACCCCCACCAAACCCAUUUUCUUCUUGUGAGCCAUCGCCAACCCUAGCUCCUUCAGCAGAUCCUAAUUUCAGUGGCAAAUUUUUGCUCCAUGAAGCAUCAUUGAUCCCUACCUCUCCGUUGAGUCCUGAUUUGAGUAGCCAUCCUUCUACCCAUGGUCCGACAUCAACCCCUCCUUCCUCAUCAGGUCCUGGUUCGAGUAGCCACUCUCCCGUCCAUGAUACACCACCAGCCCUUGCCGAUACAACUGGUUCUCAAUCAAGCAAUCACACCACGAUUUGUGAUCCAUCACCAACCACCAAUGGGUCUCUACCAUCUCCGGUCACUGGUGGACUCAGCGGUGUUAAUUCUACCCCAGCCUCCAUUGGCCAGGCAGAGCAGGCGCACCAUCCAAUAGUAAACCUAGGGGUUUCGGAAAAAUCUCUCGCUAAGGCUACAUCUGCCUUGAAGGCUAAGCUUCUGAACCAGGCGAUUUCUCAGCACCAGAUUGAGCAGGAAGAAAAGGUGAUGGAUUUAGCCGAUACACAUGGUGUAACAGUUAGUAGAGUCAAGAAACUUGCUGGAACCUCCAAACACCAUCGGAAGAGGCGGGUGAACAGUGCCCAGGACGCUAUCUUACAUGCGAAAAGUAAGGAGCUGAAUGAAGGUAGGCGAUAUAAAGCCAAGAUCGGUGAAAUUCGACGUGCAGCAGAACUUGAUGACGACCUUCAACUUGCGAAGACAGACCCUGACAAGUUGAAGAUAUUGAUGGAUGGGCUAGAAGAACAUCAACAGGCUAAGAAAGACGUAGCCCGGACCUCAAACAAAGCUGGUGCAAUGAAGGUUACUAGGCUGUUGCAGGGGUUUAAUUCCGACUUCCAGGAGCUCCGAGGGACUACCGAUAUUGCAGGCUUUGGUUUCUUUGUACGGGGAAGUUUCGAGAGUUCAAUUAAGCCUACCAUUGUGGGUGGGGGUCCUGUGCUCGAGUUUUUUCAGAAGUACUUCAACAAGGAUCCAUGGGAGAUGGCCUGUUUAUUCGAAGCGUUUGUCACGACAUAUAAUAAGGCUCGCAUUUCUGGGGUUGACAAGAUCAGGAUGAACUAUCCCAACUUUCGAACCAAAGUCUCUGCCAAGUACAAAGUCAAGAUUAUUGGUUGGCCAACAGAUGUACCCCUAGUGUCUCCGCGGGAUAUCACUGAUCCCGAAAAGCUUAACACCCUGUAUGACGCCUGGAGAUCUGGUUCAGCGUAUUGGAGCACUAUGGAUAAGCGGGAAUAUAAGAAGUUUAUGCAACAGUUGGACCAGGACAAAGCGGCAGGUUUAGAGGUUGAAAUCCCCCGAAAAGGUCGAAGUGACAUUGGAGGGAGACAUCGAAAAGCCACAGCUAAACGUCCAGGGGAAAAUAACACUGAGGAGCCACCAGCAAAGCGAAGACGGACAAGCUCAUCAACAAAAUCGAUGCACAUUAGGGAGCAGCAUGGGAGUGAUGAGGAUGACGAGAAUAGUGAUAUUGGGCGGUCUGGGAAUGAGAAUGAGAAUGAGGAUGAGGAUGUCGAUGUCGAUGAGCUAAAUGACUGA